AUAUAAUACAGUGUACACGAAGCUAAACUACGCUGUUCAGACACAAAGAUGCAGCUAUGGAUAGAUUAUAUGGAAGAGGACCAUUGGAUUAUAAACACUUUCUGCAAACAGGUUAUGCUCAAUAAACAAUGCGGAUUCCUGUAUUAUCACAAGAAAGUCUUCCUUUUGGUAUUCGUCCUCGUUUUCAUUCUGACUAAUGUCGUACUGAAGAACAGAAUUGGUGACAUGGAGCAGGAAAACAUUUUCAACAAAAGUAAACGUUUUAGUGAACAUCAGAUUUCAACUACGCAAUCUGUGAAUGAUGUAAUUAAUUUACAAAUUCAGAAUAAUAAUAGAACGUAUGGCAACUUUAAGGAGCGCUCCAAGUUGCCAUGGCAACGUGUAAAGGGGACAUCGAUACAAUUAUAUUCCGCUUAUUAUGACAACCGUUUCGCAAAACCAUUUAUAAGGAUUUUAGGCUUUCAAGAGAAGAGACAAAACUACAGUAGUACGCUUCAUUGUUGGAUCGUCUAUGAUAAUGGAGAAAGUUCGUGUCAAAAAGUAUUCCAAGUAACUCCAAUCAACUUAAGUCCUCUGAGGUACACACAGCUUGAGGACUUCUUCUAUAAAUGUGAAGUAAAAGGCGAUGGGUUACCUGUAUAUGUAGGACUAACUGCUAACGAAACAGCAGGUUGCAACAAACAGGAAAAUAUUCUCAAAGUAGAAAACAAUUUUAAAAACAUAUCUCAAAAUCCUAACAAUUUCUCGAAAGAGUUUUGUGUUUGUGUUGAAGGUCCAAUAUAUGGCAGAAUCCCUCCACGAAAACUUAUUGAAACUUUAGAAAUGUAUAGAGUCUUGGGGGUGGAAAAGGUACUUAUUUACAACGAAGAUAUAUCAGGGGAUCUAAUGCCAAUCUUAAAAGAAUACGUCAAUGAAGGAUAUGUUGAACUACUGAAUUGGAACAUAAGGAAAUAUAAACCAAGAAGGAGAAAACUACAUUAUUACGGUCAAAGUUUAUUGAUCAAUGAUUGUCUCUAUAGAAUAAUGUGGGAAACUAGAUAUAUUGCCUUCCUCGACUUAGAUGAGUUCAUUAUACCCCGUGUAGGAGACACAUUUCAAGAACUAAUACAAAAUAUAUCAUCACCAGGCACUGCAGGGUAUAGAUUCAUGAAUGCAUUCUAUACUCCAAAUAACAAUAGUGACGUCCAUGCAUACAAACAAGAGAUAUUCACAAAUACAAAACGUGGUGCUUUGUAUACAGAUAUGAGGAGGUCUAAACACAUUGUACAAGCCAAUAAAGUAGAACAUAAUGGCGUUCACUUUCCGUAUGUCUUCACGAAUGGGUAUAGAUACAAGAAUAUUACAUCCGACUAUGCCUUGUUGCAUCAUUUAAAAGGAGCGGACAGCUCACAGAACAAACAAAACAAGUUAGCACCUGUUGACAACACUGCUCUGAAAUACCGAGAGAGGUUAGAACCAGCCGUCCAAGCACAAUUUCGCAAACACAACAUCGUACCUAUUUGAAUCAUUGUGAAUUUAGAGAAUUAUCUUGCAUAGAGCGUCAGUUUUGAUCCAAGGAGAUCGAAUAAAGUCGACGCGACAAUAAAUUGCAACAAGGCAUUUACAUACAAAAUGGCACCACCUGCCAUUUAUUACAGACGUCGACCACUGAACACCAACCGCCGGAACGCCUACCGCCGAGCACCGUCGUGCGUUUGCUCCAUAUCAUGAAAAAGUAAAUGCAGUGCCAUCUGUCAAUACUCGAAAACAGAAAGUUCAUUCCAUAUAUAAACAAGAAAAAAUACAUUUAUGGUUGGUUCAUAAUGAAAAAUGACAAAUAACACGGUACAUCUUUUGAAGUAGUGGUAUACAGCCUGGACAUAGUGGAAAUUCAGAAAGGAGUGGUAUCGAUAUGGUGAACUUUUUGAACACGCGUUUCUCGUAAACUAGUCAUCAA